GUUGUAUACUGCCGAGAGAACCACAUUGCUUCUGUACCAUUUGACUACCACCGCAUUUGCAGGAACUGUGUCUGUGUUUUGUGUCCACUUUUGGUUUGUGUUAAUAUCAGAAUAUGAUCUUUUGUAUCUGUGUCAUUCUCUCCUCUUCUUCCUUGCCCAGUUUGGCCUUCUCAUGACUCUCCCUUAUUUGGAUUCUCUUUUGUGUAAGUUUUAAAGAGUCAGUUUAAAGAUUCUUGAUCUGUGGUGUGUUUCAGUUUUCGUUUUUUUUGUUUUUAAGUUAUGGAAUCUUAUUGCAAUCUUGAAGUGGAUGUAAAUGGAGAAGAGACCUUCAUAGUGGACAAGGCUGUUAUUGCUCAGUACUCGGGCAAAUUUGCUAAGUUAUUUGGAAAAUCCAGUGGUGGCACCAGAAACCUUAAAGUAAUAUUCCAUGAUUUUCCAGGAGGUGCAGAAGGUUUUGAGCUUAUAUUAAGAUUCUGUUAUAACAGUGGAAAAGCUUAUAUAAGUCCCUCCAAUUUGUUACUCGCACGUUGUGCUGCUGAAUACAUGGAAAUGAAGGAAUCUGUGGUUGAUGUUUCUAACUUAUUUGAGCAAACAGAAAAAUCACUCCAAGAGAUCAGCUAUUGGACUUGGUCAGAUCUUUUGAUUGUUUUGAAGCAAUGCCAGAAUUUAUCAUUAGUUGCAGAUUCUUCAGUGAUGCUUGAGAGAUGUUUGGAUUCUGUAGUGGGAAGAGUGGUUUUGGCCAGUGAAGCAAGUCCAUGUCCAUCAACUUGUUCCACUGACAGUUCUGGUAUUCGGUUUUCAUGUGACUCUAAAAGCACUGAGAGUAUGAAGACAAAUUUCUCUCGUUCAACAUGGUGGUUUGAAGAUCUCCUAUUUUUGAACCCCUUGUUUGUUGAAAUGUUGGUAAAGUCAAUGCUUUCACGUAAGUUGGACCAUGUUGUUAUAAGCAGGUUUCUUCUCUAUUAUCAAAAGGCAAAAUUUUCCACUGCUGCUACAUAUGAGAAGAGCAAGAUCAUUGAAAUGGUUAUAGAUAUGCAUUAUAAUAUGGAUCACAGCACUGUUUCUUGCAAGACUUUAUUUGGGAUUCUUCGGGUUACUGUGUGUUUGAACAUAAGCAAAUGUAGCAGGAAUAAGUUGGAGAAUAUGAUUGGUUCCCAAUUGGAUCAAGCAACCUUGGACAAUUUGCUUGUUCCAUCUCCAUAUGGAAUAAGCUAUUUAUAUGACGUGAGCCUUGUUCUGAGAUUUUUGAAAGCAUUCCUGCGUGGAGGAACUGGUCUAGUCACUCCCAUUCGGAUGAGGAAAGUUGCUAGCUUAAUAGAUUUGUAUAUAGCAGAAAUAGCCCCUGAUCCUUGUUUAAAAACUUCAAAGUUCUUGGCUCUUGCCACAGCAUUUCCAGAUUCCGCAAGAGAUUCUUAUGAUGAGCUCUACCAUGCAGUGGACAUGUAUCUAGAGGUACAUGCUCAAUUGUCACAAGAAGAAAGGGUGAAGAUAUGCUGUGGUUUAAAUUAUGAUAAGCUUUCACCUCAAGCUUGCCUACACCUUUCUCAGAAUUCAAAAUUUCCUUCAAAAUCUGCGGUUCAUGCUCUCAUCUCUCAGCAAUCUAAGCUCAAAGAUUUACUCCAUGAUACUCCCAAUUGUGGUUUAAGUGGUGUUGCUCAAAGGGGAAAGAAAGACAAAACCAGUGAACAGGAUGUGUUGUAUGCUAGCAAUUUUGAUCUUUCAGCUGAUAAUGAGAAACUCAGAGCACAUUUGCAAGGAAUGCAGUGUAGGGUUAUGGAAUUAGAGAAAUUCUGUAGGAAAAUGCAAACCCAGAUGACAAAGAUCACAAAAUCAAAAGCAUCAGGCCAUAGUUACACAAGAUCUUUGCCCAAGCUUUGCUCAUGACCAUUUUUUAUUUUUUAUUUUGGAUUUUAUUUAUUUUCCAAUUUGUAAUUUUCAUAUAUGUACAGCACAGGAAGGAGUUUUGUGUGUGUUGUUGUAGUUUUUCCACUAUUCUGCUUAA